AUGUCCAGCAUGCGUUCUCCUUCCCCAGGGUCUAAAGUCGGACGCAAAACUCUGACGUUUCGGAAGUCUGUACCACGGGCAGCACAACAACCAAACCUUAAACACUUGACCCGGCUUCCCCACAGCCAUUCCCGAUCGCGGCUGACCUUCCCUUUCACGGCACGGAUGAUCUGUAUGGUUAGGACCGUCCGUCUCAGAGAUGGCAAUUCCGGAUUCAGUUACGACAGGGCUAUGGAAUGGGGGAAGGAUUUCCCAGCAGCGAAUGGCACACAUCAGUCCCCUAUCGACUUCAUGUCCGCUGGAGCCCAGUAUGACCCAACCAUGGCCAAAACACCACUGACCAUCAACUACUGUACUUCACGUGAGACAGACAUCCUCAACAACGGCCAGAACCUGAUCGUAUACCCGAAAAGCAAGGGAGCUGAGACGUCCGUCCGGUUUGAUAUAGCUCAGCGGUCUAUUAUUUCAGGCGGUCCUUUACCACCUGGACAUGAGUUCGAACUUGCGGAGAUUCGGUUCCACUGGGGCUCCACCAAUAACAAGGGGUCCGAGCAUCGCGUUAACGGGAAGGCGUUCCCUAUGGAGGUUCAGUUUGUGCAUUGGAAUGCCAGUUUGUAUUCCAGUAUGGAAGAUGCGUGCGGUAAGCCGAAUGGAACAGCUGCUAUAUGUCUGUUUGUCCAGAUAGGAAGAGAAAAUGCAGCAGUUAAAUCGCUUAUCAGUGAUUCUAUAUGUGACAUCAUUUUCAAGGGACGACAGAAAACAACAAACACUCCUUUCAACCCUGUCUGUCUACUUCCGGACCCCGACCUACGGGACUACUGGUCAUACGAGGGAUCACUGACCUUUCCUCCCUGUUUUGAGAACACUACGUGGAUAAUGUUUCGGUACCCGCUCCUGGUGUCCCCCGGACAGAUAGAAGAGUUCCGUCGACUUUUGUGCUACAGUAAAGGAGAUUCGCCGGGAAAGACAUCAAGUGGACGGCUGGUGGACAACUUCCGCCCAGUACAGCCCUUAAACGGGAGGGUAGUGAGGGCUUCAUUUCAAUAG